AUGAUAUUGACACUUUCUUUGGUGUCCCCCACCGCCUUUCCUUCCCUAUCCCCACCAUCAUCCUCCUGGACCGUCGCUUCCUGGUCCCGGACAACCAUAGGCCUUAUAGCCAUUGAAUCCCAGUCCUAUAUCAAGCUAGAGAGCCCAGGGCCAUUUGCGACGACAGCCAGAAUGAGAACCAAGCCAACGACGAAUGAGAGGGGGCUCCAGAAACUUCCUUGGUUUUCCGAGUCCCAAUUCUCGCCGCAACCCCCGCAACAACAACCGGUAAUGCAUUGGACCUCGUCCACCACCGCAGCCCCAGGUCCUCAGUACCGCCUAGAUAACUGGCCAUAUCCCCUGGCAUCCUCCUUCUGCACCAUGGAUCACUUCUCCGACCCAGUUGCCCCUUCGACGUCGCAUCCACCAGCCCUCCAAGGGUCGCGCAAUAUUUCCUUGCCGCCACAGACCGACGAAAGGUUGAAAAUCAACCGCUUGUUGGAGGGUGGCCCUGUCCCUCCCAUCCAAUGGAACAUCAACGAGCCGGCCAUGUUUGCGGAAUGUCCCAACUACCAUCCGGAAGGCCCGUACGACGAUUGGCGGUCGAGCCCAGCCAUGAUGCCCUCGGACGUCCCCUCGGUCGAUAUACGGUGUUCGGCGUUCGACAAAGAUCUCGUGGUCUUCCCAUCCGAAUCGAAUGCGGCCUACGUGACCAUAAUGGACGUCUUACAUGCCGUUCAUUGCGCCCAACGCAAGAGAACCAAUCUCGACGGCGAGCGAAUGUCUUCCCAAUGGGGCAACUCGCGUUCAGCGCGCCAAGACCAGUCACAACUCGCUGCUGAACUGCGUCCUCCGAACCGGGACCCCAGACAUUGCCUGAGUUUCUCGGAGCAUUCAAGGAGCGAACUCCGGCUGCCUGGUAGGAUUUCGUCCAGGAGGAUUAACCACCGAUUCGUACUCCCGUCCCACGACAUAUAG